UCCCCGGAGUACUAUAUAUUGGAUACACAGAAAUUGGCUAGCUCUAGGCUCUAGCUAGCUAGAGGUACACAGAGAGACACAGUCGAUCCAUCUCCAUAUUGCCGUCAUGGUAGGCCCGCGUCGAUGCUUCCACUCGCCCGAGUUCAAGCUCACCUGCGACCGUGGAAGCGAGCUCCCGCGGCUGCUCCUCGGCAACGACAGCGGCGGCGGUGCAUUGGAGGUCGUCAGCAUCUCGCCAGAGAACAACACGAUGCGCGUCAUCAGCCACGGUGUGCAUGCCAUGAACAUGAGCGGCUCCGGCGGCCAGUGGAGCUGGAGUCUCGGUGCCGGCUUGCCAUACACACUCUUGGGGUGGGGCAUAAACGAGUUCAUCCUCUUGGGGUGCAAUCUGCAGGCGAAGCUGCUGAGCAAUGGGAGCGGCGGCAGUAUCAUCAGCGGCUGCGCCUCCUUCUGCUCCACGGAAACGAUGGAGUGGUACGAGGCUUAUGACAAGCGCUGCUCCAACAACGGCUGCUGCCUGUCGUCCAUCCCCAUGGGAGACGCAUUCUACGGAGUGGAGCUUAGACGGCUUGACAGGGGCCUUCCAGAGAAGGGCAUGCAAGCCGAAGUGCCCGUGAGCGUGCUCAUCGCUGAGACGGGCUGGUUUCACAGGGAUUUGUCCACAGAUCUGACAGACCCAACGCGUGGCCAGUGGCAGAAGACCAUUCUGCGGGUCCCCUUGAUUCUCAGUUGGGUGGUGCCGCAGGGCACGUCCCAUGAUAUGAAAUACCCCGGUGAGGCAGCCUGGAGAAUCUGCAAGAGCACCAACAGCGAACCCAGAGCCGCCGCAUAUUUUCCAGUAAGAGGCAAUUCGUGCGAGUGCAAGGAGGGGUACCAGGGCAACCCUUAUAUCACCGGCGGAUGCCAAGAUAUCAAAGAGUGUGAUCAGAAAGAAGAACAUGGAUGUUUCGGAGACUGCGAGGAACUACCGGGGACGUUCCAGUGCCGUUGCCCCGAAGGGUACCAGGGCAACCCUUACCUCACUGGCGGAUGCCAAGAUAUCAAGGAGUGUGAUCAGAAAGAAGAACAUGGAUGUUUCGGAGACUGCGAGGAACUACCCGGGACGUUCCGGUGCCGUUGCCCCGAAGGGUUCCAUGGCAACUACUCCAUAUCCGGCGGCUGCUUUAAGUCUGUAAACACAGGUAUGCAACAACUGAGAAGUUCAUGGUAA